AUGGCUCCAACAGCGACCUCGAACGGGUCACAUUUACUCUCCCAUAUUCAGGAUGUAGCGUUGGCAUAUCCUUUGCAGCUUGUAGCUGUCUUCAUUCUUUUCCGACUGCUAUGGAACAAGUUCCAGCCUCAGCUCGUCAGCAUACCUGGCCCUCCUCUCGCAGCAUACACGAAACUCUGGAGGCUGUAUGAUGUAUGGAAGGGACAGGCUCACCUGACUGCAGUGGCCCUGCACAGAAAGUAUGGCCCUCUUGUUCGAAUCGGCCCCAACCACGUUUCGGUUGCGGAUCCGUCCUACAUUCCUGUCUUCUACAACAUCAAGGAGAAUUAUACAAAGAGUGGAUUCUACCCGAUCCAAUGUGUCUCCUGGAAAAAACAACCUGAAAUGAAUUUGUUCUCCACCCGGGAUCCAAACUAUCACAGAGUCGAGAAGCGCAAAGUGGGAGCAGCAUACAGUCUACCCAAUCUCUUGGAGUCCGAGGAGGCCAUUGACUCAUGUAUCAAACUAUUCAUGGAUCGUCUGGACGAGGUUGCCGGAAAAGGUCAGCCAGUUGACCUGGGUGCUUGGCUACAAUACUUCGCCUUUGACGUUGUUGGCGAGGUCACCUUUGCCAGUAAACUAGGCUUUCUCGAGCAAGGACAGGACGUGGACGGCAUGAUGAAGGCUAUUGAGGGGAUGCUCACUUACGCCGCUCUUUGCGGCCAGGUGCCGGAAUGGCACAAAUACUUACUUGGGAAUCCGGCCUUCACCUGGGUGAUGCCGGCUAUGGAAACCUGGAAUCAAGUACUUGUUUUUACUCUCAAGGCGAUCAAUGGCCGAGCAUCGAUCAAGCGAGAUGGUGAACUGAUCAGCGCCGACACGGGGGGCCGAGAUAUGCUGUCAAGAUGGGCUUCGGUCAAAUCAUCAGAUCCUCUGAAGAUGAGCACGCGUGACAUCAUUGUCCAUUUGUCCACAAAUGUGUUUGCUGGAAGUGAUACCACAGCAAUAGCGUUGCGCGCUGUGGUCUACUACCUCUGCAAGAACCCCCAUUAUAUGGCAAAGGUCGUGGAAGAGAUCGAUUCUGCCGAUAAACAGGGCCAACUGAGUACGCCCAUCUCGUACAAGGAGUCGACAACUUUGCUUCCCUACUUCAACGCCGUCCUCAAGGAGGCCAUGCGCAUCCACCCAUCCGUGGGACUGCUCAUGGAAAGGCAUGUCCCGCCCGAAGGGGUGGAGAUUCAGGGCCACUUCAUCCCUGGCGGGACCAUUGUCGGCAUUAACCCUUGGGUAACAAACCGAGACAAGUCUGUCUUCCCAGAUCCUGAUGAAUUCAGGCCUCAGCGCUGGCUAGAGGUUUCCCCGGACCGAUUGAAGCAGAUGGACAAUAUUCUCGAACUGAAUUUCGGCGGCGGGAGCAGGAAGUGCAUUGGACGCAACAUCAGCAUGAUCGAGAUGCAGAAGGUGCUUCCACAGUUGUUCCGCGAAUACACGGUGGAGUUGACGCACCUGGACAAAGAAUGGCACAUUGUCAAUCAUUGGUUUGUGCAGCAGGAGGGCGUGGUGUGCAAUCUGAGGAGAAGACGGAAGAAUUGA